GGGGUGCAGGCUGGGCCGGCGGCUGGGUCCGUGACCGCGGCGGCUGUGCGGGCUCCUGGUGCGCCCACGGCGGGGACGCCCAGGUGCCGGUGCCGUGCGGGCGACAAGCGCGUCUCUGCGGGGCUGCGCGGGGUCCGCGGAGCGGCUGGGGGCGCGCGGCGCGGGCGCGGCGCUGGGCGCGGGGGGCGCUCCCGGCCGGGAUGAGCUCACCGCAGUCGCGCCGGGGCUGAGCGCCGAGCCGGGCGGCGGCGGGGCGGGCGGCGGCUCCUCGGCGGCUCCGCGGCGGAGCCGGGCCGCGGGCCACCAUGCUGGGCCUGGACGCGUGUGAGCUGGGGGCGCAGCUGCUGGAGCUGCUCCGGCUGGCGCUGUGCGCCCGAGUCCUCCUGACCGACAAGGAGGGGAGACAGCUGUCGCCCGACGAGGCACUGGAUGAGGCCGUGCCUGAGUACCGGGCCCCGGGGAGGAAGAGCCUCCAGGAGAUCCAGCAGCUGGACCCUGAUGACGAGAGCCUGGUCAAGUACAAGCGGGCACUGCUGGGGCCCCUGCCACCCCUCGUGGAUCCGAGCCUGCCCAAUGUGCAGGUGACCAGGCUGACGUUGAUGUCUGAGCAGGCUCCGGGGCCCAUCACCAUGGACCUCACAGGUACUGCCCCCCCCCUCGCCCGCCGUGGGGCUCCUGGGGCAGGGUCUCCACUGUCACACUUAGCUGCACUGUCCCUCGCAGGGGAGCUGGCUGCGCUGAAAAACCAGGUGUUUGUCCUGAAGGAGGGUGUGGAUUACAAAGUGAAGAUUACCUUUAAGGUCAAUAAGGAGAUCGUCAGUGGCCUCAAGUGUCUGCAUCACACCUACCGCCAGGGCCUGCGUGUGGACAAGGCGGUGUACAUGGUGGGCAGUUAUGGCCCUAGCGCCCAGGAGUAUGAGUUUGUGACCCCGGUGGAGGAGGUGCCUCGAGGAGCCUUGGUGCGGGGUGCCUACGUGGUCACGUCCUUCUUCACUGACGAUGACAGGACAGACCACAUGUCCUGGGAGUGGGGCCUCCACAUCUGCCAAGACUGGAAGAGCUGAACGUCCCCUACCCUGGGGGCUGUCCUCAGCCCACCUGGGGUCCUUGAUUCCCCUGCCCCUGCAGUCAGUGACCACACCCCCACACCCUCUGCUCCGGUCCUGGGACACCCCCUUCCUGGGCUGGCACUGUGCCCUGAACAGUCCUAUUAAACGUCACCUUGUCUCGGU